AUGGCCGUCUCGACCGCCUCCGCGGCGCUGGCGCAGGGCGAAUCGAACACGGCGGAGGCGGAAGCCUUGCGCCAGAUCGGCGCAAUGAAGGCGCUGCUAGCGCGCGCGGACGAAGAGAUAAAAUCCAUCGCCUCCUGCGGCACCAGGGGGGGGGCGUCGCGCGCGCAGCUCCCCGCGCUGACGGCGGGCGCGCAGAACGCGCUGGCGGCGCUUGGGGGCGUGGAGCGGGAGUUGCGGUCACUGGCGGAAGAGAUGGCGGAGGGCAACGAGUGCGCGGUUGGGGCCCGCGAGGAGGGCGGCGGAGGCGGAAGCGAAAGCUUUGCGCAGAGAGUCCCCGUGUGGCAGCAGGUGCAGGCGGCCCUGCAGCAGCUGCACCAGGCGCAUCCAGAACUCCGGCAGCGGUUGCGCCACGCCACCAUGACGGCUCAGCACAACCUCACGCGGCAAGCACACAAGGAGAGAGAGGAGCUGCUAGGGGCAGGACGAGAGGCAUUGUUGCGGCGAAGAAAACUAGAAUCAGCAGCACAGAUGGCGGCAGCAGCUGAGGAGGUCACUUCCACGCUCCGACGAACGCGACACGUCAUGGAACAGGAGGUGCAACGUGGCGUGCACACAUUGGAGGAACUCGACACGUCAGCAGCAGUGCUGACGUCAGCAGGAUCGCAGUACUCUCUGCAGCACUCGCGCCUCUCCACGGCCCACCAGCUGCUGGCGCUGCUGCAGCGAGGGGACGUGACGGACAGGAUGGUGGGAUCCGGGGAAGGUAAAGGAGGGUGUAAGAGGUCGGAUGAGAACGACUCCCACCUCUUUUCUGCUCACCGGCUGCUGGGUCUGUGCUGGGGGGGCGAGGUGACGGACAAGGGAGCAGUGAGGGGAGAGAUGCAUGGGGGGGGUGGAGAGGGGCAUGGGGGAGAGUGGUGGGCGGGUGUCAUCAGUACCUACCGCCCUCGCACAGUGACGGGCACAGGAGAGUUUUGGUCUUGCCUCUUCUCGUCCCUACCUCCCGCCUGUAUUGACGUCACCUCCGCAUGUGUAGACCUCACCUCCCGCCUGCGUCUUAUACAUGAGUUGUGUUCUUCACUCGGUCAAUUCACAGAUUCGCUGAGCCAUUGGAUCCCCCCCCUUUUUGUGGUCUCCUUUCUCCUCAUGAGUCGUCUCUCUCCUCUCUUUCCCCCCUUCUUUUCUGCUGCCGCCACCAGGCUCAUCAUCAUCCUCGGGUCUCUCUUCUUCUUCCUCGUCUGCUCCUUCAUCGUCAUCUCUCGUGUUCCCCUUCUCAACUCCCUCCUCCUCUCCUCCACCUCCAUCCUCCUCUCCACCACUCACGCUUUCCUCUCCCCCUUACUCUCCCUCGUCUCAUCCCUCCUCACUGCUCUCGCAUCCUCCUUCCUCCCCACCCUCGCCUCUCUCUCCUCCUCCUCUCUCACUCUCGCAUCCUCCUCCCUCUCCUCCCUCCACCACACACUCCAACCCCUCCUCUCACCCCCAUCGCCUCCCCUGCCUCCUCUUCCUCCCUCCGCCCCCUCUCCCAUGCCCUCCCCUUUCCCCCCUUCCCCCCCUUCCCCACCCACCACUGCCACCACUCUUCCCUCCACUUCGUCCCCCGCAUCUUUCCCCUCCCCUUCUCCCUCAUCCGCCAACUCUCUCCCCCCUCUAAACCCAUCUCAACCGCACACGCCUUCUGAGACGCCGGGCACACCAAGCCGGCAACAGCAACAACAACAGCAGGACGAAGAAAACGUUGGUGGGCCAAGAGAAUUGUUGCCACCAAGCAUGGAGGAGGAAAGAGAGCGGCGGGGAAUGGAAGGGGGGCGUGCGGAGGGUGGUUCAGAAGGGGUGGGGCAAGGAGGAGGGGAGGGAGGUGGAGGUGGGCAGGAACAAGCAGGGUCAGCUAAAGCAGAGGCAGGUGAAGGAGAGACAGGGCAAGCAGCAAGAGGAGCAGCGAGAGAAGGGAUGAGAGAAGGGGCAUGGGGAGAAGGAUCAGCGGCGAGAAGGGUGAGAAGAGGGACAGGUGGAAAGGUCCCAACAGGGAAAGGGAAGAUGGGUGGUAAGCAGAGGGUGGUUGCACGAGGGAAAGUGAGGGGUGGGGAAAGAGGAAUGCAAAGAGGGGGAGUAGGAGGAGCAGGGAGUGGAGGGGAACGAGGAGGUAAAGAGUCAAGAGAGGGAGUAGUAGCAGGAGCAGGAGCAAGGGAAGAGCGAGGAGCCAGAGGAAGCGGAGAGGAAGACGCAGGAAGUAACACAAGAGUAGGAGGAGGAGAAGAUGGAUUGGCAGGUGCAGGUGAAGCUAGUGAGUGCAGUGCAUCUGACACAGCCGGUGGUGAAUCAGCUGUUGGUCGCCAAGUCCCCAUGCCUGAAGCACCUCCUCUUGCUCAUCCGCCUCCCCCUGCCACCCACCGUGCUGCCUACUACGGGUCUCCUGAUGUUGGGGAUUCACCUGCUGGGGAUUCACCUGCUGGGGAUUCACCUGCUGGGGAUUCACCUGCUGGGGAUUCGACUGCUGGGGAUUCACCUGCUGCUGCGCCUGUGAGUGGCGGAGGAGGUGAGGAGACUGCAGAGGGUGGGGGAAGGGAGAGGGCGAAUGGGGGAUUGGAGGGAGAGGGUGGGAGUGAGGAGGAGGGCAGAGAGGGAGUGGGCAGAGAGGAGGGCGAGCAGGGCACAUGUGGGGUGGCAGGUGGCAGUGGCAUGUGUGAUGCAGACUCUGAAUCGGCUGCAGCCUUUCAAGGAGAUGCCCUCAGAGGUGCAGGUGGGGAUGUGGGCGGUGAGUUAAGUCGCAAGCAUGCAGCUGUUGGGGGGUUGUGA